CGCGGCCCGGGAGACACGCCCGCUCGCGCUGCGAAAAAUAUAUCUUUCGGAUCUCGAAGUUUUGCGAUCGGAGCAAAUUUUUUUCGUUGCGCAACUAAAUUAUAUAUUAAAGUGAUAAUAUUGCCGGUGAUAGGUACUUUAUUCAUGCGGUUUAUUUGUCAACAUUUAAUAGUAUCUUUUGAUUGAAUAAUUUCAGAAACGAUUAAGUACAUUAAUGAGUAACUAAAACAACAGAUUGUGGGUCUGGAUUUCCUUAUUGAAGGUACCACCAAAAACAGUCGGCAGUGAUGUGAAGUGCCAGUGGAGUGUAUAUUUCACUUAAGUGUAGUGAUAGUGAGCAGUGAACAUGACGACGAUAUACCAGGACGUCAUAAACGACACAGUGGUCAGAGCGUACGAUGAGGGAUUCCCGCUUCUGAUGCCGCGGUGGGGGUACGUCGUGUCGGCAUUUGUUUUGUUCCUGAUCGGAUUCUUUGGGUUCUUUUUGAAUCUGAUGGUGAUUCUACUGAUGUUCAAGGAUCGGCAGCUCUGGACGCCUCUGAACAUGAUCCUGUUCAACCUGGUGUGCUCGGACUUCUCCGUCUCAGUUCUGGGGAACCCCUUCACGCUGAUCUCCGCUCUGUUCCACCGCUGGAUCUUCGGCAAGACCAUGUGUGUGCUGUACGGAUUCUUUAUGGCGCUUCUGGGUGAGUCUUUUAUACAUAAGCGAGCAAUGAAAUAGUUCCAAUAAAAAAAUACUGAAACACUA